GCGGCGACCAAUCACCAUGCCAUUACAGCCUUCAGAGGAAGCUGUUUAUGGGGCUGCAGCGCUAAUUAGGCUCAUGAACUAACAAAUCUGCCUGCACGAACCCGGCGAGGAAAACGAUCACAUCCAUGGAUUAGUCUGGGAGUAGCCGGGCGCUUUUUAUUUUGGGCUUUUUUUUUCCUCCUCCGACAACCGCCGCUUUUUUCUCCUCCACAACUUAUUUACUGCGCAAAACAAACUUUCCCCCUUCCUUGGGUGUGGAGUAUUUUUUAAAGCAAAGAGCACCGAAGACGACUUUCCCACCUAAGCUGGGGAAUCUGGAGCAUCAGACCAUGUUUCAACCCACACCCAAGAGGUGUUUCACGAUAGAGUCUUUAGUGGCGAAGGAUAAUCCCGUGCCGGCGUCGCGCUCCGAGGAGCCCAUCAGGCCGGCGGCUCUCAGCUAUGCAAACUCCGGCCAGAUGAACCCCUUCCUGAACGGCUUUCACCCCAACGGCAGGGGCGUGUACUCGAACCCGGACUUGGUGUUUGCCGAGGCGGUCUCCCACCAACAGAACUCCGUCCCGGUUCAUCCGGUGGCGCCGCCGCACGCCCUGGCCGCGCACCCGCUCUCAUCCUCGCACAGUCCGCACCCGCUCUUUGCCAGCCAGCAAAGGGACCCCUCAACUUUCUACCCCUGGUUAUUACACAGAUAUAGGUACUUGGGUCACAGAUUUCAAGGUAAUGAAACGAGUCCAGAGAGCUUCCUUUUGCACAACGCGCUGGCCAGAAAGCCCAAAAGGAUCCGGACAGCUUUUUCACCUUCGCAGCUCCUGCGGCUCGAACACGCGUUUGAGAAAAACCAUUAUGUGGUGGGAGCAGAGAGGAAGCAGCUCGCCCACAGCCUUAGCCUCACAGAAACUCAGGUAAAAGUGUGGUUUCAAAAUCGAAGGACGAAGUUCAAGAGGCAGAAGUUGGAGGAGGAGGGAUCGGAGUCGCAGCAGAAGAAGAAAGGUUCGCAUCACAUAAACCGGUGGAGACUGGCGACUAAGCAGGCGAGCCCGGAGGAGAUCGAUGUCACCUCGGACGAUUAAAAAAACAGACUAUAUAUUUACACAACACGCGUAUAUAAAAGGGCCCGAAUGAAGGAGGAGAUGGAUACAGGAUGCCGUAGAGACAAUGAGAGGGUACUGAGCCUCGGUCAGGACUGGGAGAUCCGGAGUUCUGCAGCUGAGGGUGAGACACACCUGGCUGGCACCGCUCACUCCAAACGAGCCCGGACACAAUGACUGACACUAUCCAGCCACGUACCCGAACCUUCCACACCACCACUACAGACCCCACACCUCCACCUAAUUAUAUUUUCUCUGAUUCACAUUGAACAUUUGCACUUGAGAGGUUUUCCUUUCUCUCUCUUUUUCUCUCUCUCGCUCUCUCUCUUAUUUCUAUCUCUCUUUCUCAUUUUUUUUAACGUUUCCACUCAAGAUACCAAAACACCAAACUGCUUUUGUAAAACUUGAAUUUGCAUGGUCUAGUAUUUUUUUUUUCGGUAGUUAUUAUAAGUUGACAGGUUUUUUUCGCCCCCCCCCCCCCCCCCUUUCCUUCCCAAAAAACAAGAAAAAAAGAGGAAACCUCAAUUUUGUUUUUAACUCUAUUUUCAAACUGAGAGAUGUCGUGCUUCUUCCUUUUUACAAAGUGUGCAGUCUUUAAUUAAUGAUACUCGUGUAAAAGUGAUUGUGAAAACAUAUGAAGUCAUAGUGUUUUUUUUUUCAUUUUUAAAGAAAAAGAGAUCAAAAAUUAAUUUUUAUGAAAAAAAAAAAAAAACUCUUUCUAAAAAACGGAAUCCGACCACAGAUCCAGUACUUAAAGGGAAGGUGUCCGGACAUUCCUUGAACCUAUAGAGCUUUACAAACGUGUUGUCUGCCAGGACGUUGACCCUCCAGUGAAAGUUGCCACGAAGGACUAAAAAACGCAAGAAUUGACGGGAAAAAUCCAAAAGAACUUUAAGCACUGAGCGUAUUCCAUGUACAGAAAUGCUAAAAGUUAAUGUUUCUGUUCAACCUCUUUUACAGAAUGUAAAUAAUUUUUGUGUUUGUGUUAAGUUUGCUACAAUUUUAACACAAAGUAUACUUCCAAGAAGUAUGUAA